AUGCCGAAGUCAAAAGCAGAGAUUUGGGAUUACUUCGUAAAAGAUGCGACAAGUGGAUACGCAAAGUGCACUUUGUGCAAAAAGGAAUACAAGACAAGUGGAAACACUUCAAAUUUAAGAGAUCAUAUGAAACGAUGCCAUGCUGGAUCAUCGUUUCACCAGGAUCGGGAAGAGCGAGAGCCCGAGGAAGUUGGGGACUCGCGAAUGGCUGUGGCUGGCCCCUCAAGGCCGAAGCAAAGCAAGUUACAUUUAUUUGUAGCUGAGAAAGCCACGCAGUACGGAGACCAGACUGAAAAGAAAAAUAAACUUGACAAGGAAUUGGCCCUGAUGAUAGCUAAAGACAUGCAACCAUUUUCGAUAGUCACCGACAAGGGAUUUCAAGGCCUCUGCCAUGCGCUAGACCCCAGGUACAAGUUGCCAAGCCGAACGCAGAUUUCGAGGGUUCUUCUACUUAACUUGUAUGAUGAAGCCAAAACAAGGUUGCGAGACAUGCUGACAGAAGCAAGGGAAUGUGCAAUAACAGCAGACAUGUGGACAUCAUGCACGACUGACAGCUACGUCACUGUCACCUGCCAUUUUGUGCAAGACACAGUUCUGCGGUCUGCAGUGUUAUCAACUGCGGUUGUUCACGAAGAUCACACUGCUGAAAACGUGGCCCAGGCCAUCGCAGGUGUGGCAGAAGACUGA